CAUCACAGUGGCUGAACAAGUGAAGAAAUCAUGAAUCAUCAGUGAGGGCCUUUCAUCCAAGCUUAGAUUGUUUACUUCAGACGAUGUGAUUGUUUGUUGUUGGCAGCAGUUUAUUACAUUAUUACAACCAACCAGCACUCCGGGGAAGUAUUUAAGUUGUUAUUUUUUUAACGCUGUACAACCAGUGGGCUAAUUUUUUGUUGUUGGUGGUUUUAACUCAGCUAGCUAAAGCUCAGUUUAAACUUGUGCACUUUUGUGGAAGAUGGCUGACAACGGAGCACACCCGGCCGAAGAGGACCCAGCCGCAGCUUUCCUGGCCCAACAGGAGAGCGAGAUAGCGGGGAUAGAGAACGACGGAGAGGGGUUCGGGGCGCUGGAAGGAGCCGGGGAGCAGCAGCCGUCUCCGGCCACGUAUGACGACUUUGGAGACGAGCCUGCUACAGUGAAUGGAGAUGUGUUUCAGGAGUCCAAUGGGCCAACAGACAACUAUGCAGCCAUUGCCCAGGUGGACAUUCAGAGGCAAGAGCCAGAAAGUUUACGCAAGUGGAGGGAGGAGCAGAAGGAACGCCUUGAAGCAUUAGACUCGGCAUCCAAGGCGGCAGAGGCAGAGUUGAGAGAGAAAGCCAAAAAGGAGCUGGAGGAUUGGCAUGUACACCAGAAUGAACAGAUGGAGAAGAACAAGGCCAACAACAGGAUUGCUGACAAGGCUUUCUACAAACAGCCCAACUCUGAUGUUAUAGGCUUUGUGGCAUCCGAGGAGGCCUUCCUGGCGGAGAGCGACGGCGACAGCCCAGGGUCCGAAUGGGAGAGAGUAGCUCGUCUCUGUGACUUCAAUCCAAAAACCAACAAGCAGGCGAAGGAUGUUUCUCGAAUGCGUUCUGUCCUCAUCUCUCUCAAACAGACGCCUCUAGUUCGCUAGAGGACGUCGUUCUAGAAACAUUGCCUUUUCACUUUUAAUCUCACAUUGCAUUAGAAGAAUUUGUAUACCCUUUUCCAUAAAACUCCUGGUAUGUUUAUAGCCUUUAAAAAAAAAAACUUCCUGCCUUUCUCGAUGCCUAUUCAAGUAAUAUAUUUAACCUGAGGCUCUUGUGAGACGAUGGACUGCUCUGUUGUUACAGCAUCCAUUAGCUGGUCAGCUUAAUCAUUGCUACACUUAAGAAAAUAUUGUUACUGUAAGUUAAACUUUUUCCUUUCCCCUUUAACUUAUACACUGUAUUUAGGUCAACUUUAUUGCAUGCCUGUGCCAAUAUUUCGGACACACAGUUUUUACUUGUUUUAUAAAUUUGCAUUUUGGUCAAACACUUACUAAUGAAGCAGUGCUGCGGAUUGGAUUGUAACCACGUAUGCCUCUCAUCAGUGUAGAAACAUCAACACAGACACAUUGUUCACAUUUGUUGUAUUAUAGCCCUGAUGAUAUUUAAGGUAGCUCGCAGAUUUUUCUGUCCUUCACAUAAAUAAUCUCGUGGCCUUUUUGAUCUAGCUCUUACUCCAGUUUUGAGUAUUUAGCCAGAUGGAUUUUCUCUUCAAUUAGGCAAAAUUUCAGCAAAAAAAAUGGCAACCAAAGAUUUACGCUAUCAUCUAAAUUUCACAUGAUUUACGGCUCAGUCUUUCAUUAUAACGAUUGUGUGACACCGACACAUUUUAGAUACAUUUUUUUUUUGGUUGUUUUAAAAACACAAUAAGCUGUCAAUUUUAGUAGUGAUAUCUGCACAUUGUUUCACAUGUUGCCUAUUUGGACUCCAUGAAUACUGAAAAAGUGAACGUUAAAAGGGAACUGGAAAAUAAACAGUGGAGUAUGAUCACCUCA